AUACCUAAAUCUUAGCAUCUUCGUUUUCCAGCCUGUAGAUUUGUAGCUUCCCGGAGAGGGUUUGCUACGUAGUCAGUCUCAGUUUUCUCACACAUAAAAUCUCUAUUUGAGCAAAAUUUAGCUCUUUUUAAUUUUUGGCUCAGUCUGCACCUUGCUUGGAUAUGGAUAGAAAGUUUCAACACUGUUUUGUGCAUUAUAUUUUUUGCCUAUUGUUUGGUGAUCAAAGGGACAUAAUAGUAGAUGUUUCUAGUUCUUCUUGCAAUUUAUAACUUUUAGCAAAUGGCAUAUCUCUCUCUUUGGUACUGUAUCAUUCAGUCAUGUGUGUUUCUGGGAGAUACUGGAAAACAAUUAUAUAAUUCGAAGAUUAUUCUAACUUGAGCAUAAUUAUUGAGAUAACAGUGAUAUGAAUGUUUAUUUGUUAUGCGACUAUUCUUUGUAAAGCAUGAACUGCCUGAAAAUUGUAGGUUACAAACUUAUUGUACUAUCUUGAAUCUACUUUCCAUUUAUUAUCUUUAGUCUUCCUCAUUGAUCUAGCAUGUGAUGCCGACCCCUCUGAUUAAAGGUGAAUUACAUGCUGCUCUUUCUAUACAAGGCUAACUGAAUUGUUGAGCUCUUGAUUAUGAGCCGAGGAACAUAUGACAAGCCUGUUAUGUGAUGUAAAUAAUUUGCAUGAUUGUGUGCAAUGAACUUCACCUUCUGUCGAGCUAAUUAAGCAUAUGAUUCUUUUUCUCAUGAAGUCAGAUAUUGCUUACAUCAGAAUGUGAUUUUAUUUUAUUAAUGGUUGUUGUAGUUUUUGUCAGAAAACAACAACAAGAUUAUGAAUGAUGCUUCUGUAUCAGAAGGUCAAUUAUGGAAAGAUUACUACAAAUGAAAUUAGCUAAGGCUUCUGUUACCUCCAUGUCCUUUCUUUUCGUCAGGAAGAAUUAACUCAGUUAAUCAUAUGACAAUUUCGACUUCUUGAAGGAUAUUAACUUUUCUGUUAUGUUUUAUUUGAUCAUUCUAAGCUUUAACAUUGGGUAUCGGGAUACCUCACUCAAACAGAUUCAGAUAUAUGCAGACAUCACUUGGACAUCUGUCUCGAAAAAUCUGAUAACAUAGCAGGGAUCAAUGCGAUGAACUGAAAUGAAGACCUCGGAAUUUGCACAGAAUCCUCAGAACACAGAAGAAUUACAACCAUCAUCACAAGCUUCAAAUGAAAUUCAACCUAUUCAUCAAAAUCCUCUAGUUGCUGAGACUCCAGGACCAAAUCCGUGUUCAUCAUCCAUUACAAAUAGUCAGAACAGAAAUGUUUCCCGUGAAGACAUUGAACUUGUCCAAAACUUGAUAGAACACUGUCUACAACUGUAUAUGAACAGAGGAGAGGUGGUUAGAACUCUGUCCGAUCGUGCUAGGAUAGAACCUGGUUUUACUACACUAGUUUGGAAGAAACUUGAAGAAGAAAAUCCGGACUUUUUCAGGGCAUAUUAUAUAAGGCUGAAACUGAAAAAGCAGAUCAUUCUUUUCAAUCAUUUACUGGAGCACCAAUGCCAGCUGAUGAAAUGUCCUGUCCUACCUAAUGUUCCAUUGGCUCCAAUACAUGGUGGCAUUCAUGCUGGGCCCGUUAACAGUAUGCCUUUGGGGUAUCCAGUUCUUCAGCAACCUGCAAUGACGACUACAGGUCAGCCACAUUUUGAUCCUGUAAGUUGUGUAUUGUCUAGCUGCAAUGUGGUUAAUGGUAUUCCUGCUCCUGGAAGAUAUCACCCGAUUCAUGUAAAUUCUGGAAAUGUCAUUGUGAUUAAUGAUCACAAACCUGAAGCAACUCCUGCAACUGCUCCAUGUGGUGCCAUAUCAUCUUUGUCAGAGAUGGCUGCAAGUCCUGCAUCAGUGGCAUCAAAUAAUCAUUUUCCAUUCACUCCAUCUGAGAUAUCUGGGAUGGGCCUGGAUGCAUCAACACUUGAAACAACCUUAACAUCUGAUGUGGCAAGUAUGGGAGAGUUGCAACUCAGUCAAGAUUGUGCCAUUGGUUCCUCGAGAGAUUCACUGGGUUCAUUAGGACCACUUUGGAACUUUAGCAUUACAGACUUAGCAACUGAUUUGGCAAAUUUAGGAGAUCUCGGAGGUCUCGAAAACUACACCAGCUCUCCUUUCCUGCCAUCAGACUCAGACAUCAGGCUUGACUCCUCAGAGCACGAUGACACAAUUGAGGAAUACUUUGCGGAAGCUAUAACUGCACCAUCCUCUCAACCAGAUGAAGAGAAAUCUUAGGGAUGUGGAGACAAUUUUGCCGACUUCUCAUUUACCAUAGGUCGCUUACGACUUGCAUUGCAGGCUCUUCAUGUUGGACUUUGAUGCCAAGCACUGAGAACACCCGGUAGGUGCUCUUUGAAUAAGGUUCUCACCAUCUUUCUUUUAUUUGAAUCAUGGAGGUAGCAGACAGGAUGUCAUUUUUCUGGUCUGUCUUCCGUAAUGACAUUGGAAAUGUGUUGUUGAACUUGAAAACCAAAUUCAUGAGCUAUGCUUUUGUAGUUCGUUAUCAUGGACAUCGAUUUGGUGAAAUAAAUCAUGUUGAGAGUCA